AUGUCAGAUUGUAAAUCACUUAAGGACAAACAGAUUGGCGACCAUUACGAAGAGUACCGAAAUGCUAUUGAGUUUAUGAGCGGUCAAAAACAGAAAAAGGAAAUUUUGGCUGUUAUACAAAAGAACUGUGACAACAGCACGGGAAUGCUUUCUCUACUGCAUUUGUACUGUCAGAAACUGGAUGCUGAUGACUGGGAGCUGUUUAUGACCGUGAUAGACUUGAUAAAGAAUAUCGAGGAUGAUGAGGGUGGUUGGAUCGUAAAGAUUGUGUUCCUUGCGUUGGAGACACUCAAAAAGCUGGGUGGUAAGCACAAAUCCAAAAUAUACGCAGUGUUGAGCAGAAGCAGAAACGUAGAAAACCAUUUUAUCCUACUAUUGAGUGGAGUGGAUAAUGUUGACACGUGUUUGGAAAUUUUUCAGGCGAUGGAGACUGAGCAAGCAUCGCUGUUCAAAUGCUUAAUGGCGGAAAUUAGCACAGAAAAUAACGUGCUCCAGAAAAACAUUGCCUCUUUUCUCGUAGAAAUUGCGAAUAAAAGAGCCGAAUUGUUCUUGAACUUCGACUUUCUUGAUCUAAUGGAUUCAGAACUAUUCGUUUUCAGGAGCUGUUGCCUAGAAAUUCUUUUUAAUCUAAUCUUUGUCUACAAGAAUGAAGGAAACAUUGAAGGUAUAAACGAGUUUACAGAGACAUUGUUGGACAGGCUCUUGGAUGUGAACCAUUUUGUGAGAGCAAAGGCGAUCCAGGUUCUUACAUCGCUUGUUGAGCAGCAAGCGGUCACACUCAAACUGAAAAAUAAGGUAAUAGAAAACGUUGUCCUCAGGAUCGAAGACAAAGCGGUUAUAGUAAGGAAGAAAGCGCUGAACUUUUGCACCAUGAUUAUUAAAAAUCACCCAUUCGUGGCGAACAGGUAUUUAAGAGUGGAAAGGAAGGUCAAUGAGGAGCUGCUGAGUGAGAAUGAAAAAAUGUAUGUCCAAGACCUGAAGAUAUUCGUAGCACAGAUGAAAAAGGUUAUUUGGUUGGUGCAGGAUAUUUUUGGGUGCUUGAAAACGGAGAUCGGUGACAUUGUCGAGUUCAUGAAACUGGCGGUGUUCUACAAGCUGGACGGUAGCUUAGAGCUGGUGACUUUCUUGUGCGAAACCGUGGAAGCCAAACAGCGUAUGCUGGUGCUACAAGCAUUCAUAGACCUGUUGAAUUCACUUAAGGCAGAGGACGACGUUCUUGAGCUGUUAGAUCAUAUAACGCCCAAUUUCCUGAAGGUAAUGAACAAGAAAAAAAUCAUUGAGAGAGAGACGGUGAAGGCACUGCUUCUGAAGUUUAAGAAUGGAAUUGAUGUGGUAAGGACCACAAGGUUGCUGAAGAACAUGUGCUAUAAGCGAUAUGAAGACAAUAUCUUAGAAAAAGCGGCAGAGAUGCUGCUCAGCGAUGAGAUAAAGGAAGAGUAUGUCAGUUCUUAUAAAAAUGUGCUCAAUACCGUAAGUAUUAGGCCGUCUACGGCAGAUGUGAAAUGUGGUAUCAGCAAUCUAGUGCUUACGAAGGUGGUAGACUUCGAAAUGAUCGAUGCGACCGUAAGGAUGCUCUAUAAGAUGCCUGAUCCCGAACCGCUGUGCCAGCUACUGCUUGAGAAACUCUGCACCGAGAACAAGAAUUUGGCUAAGAUAAUUUACACGGUCGGUGCGGUUGCAAUCAACGAAUCAUUUUUCAUCGAUAAAUUGGAAAAAAAGGUACCAAAGAUUCAUGUUCCGAAGGAAAUAAGAGAAAAGCGAAAAAGUUUUAACGUAACGAGAACAAGUUUUAGACAGAGCAUCAAUUUUAGUAUGCAUGAGAAGGAUCUGAGUUCAUCUUUCGACAUGUCAGUGCAUCAAUCACAGGAUAUCAUCGAUGGCCAAGUUGGUUUGAAGGAUAAAACAAGCGACGAAAUCGCAGACAUACUUUUUUAUAUCAAGGAAAGGGAGAUUUUGUACGGGAGUGGUUCCAUUCUUGCGCCGUUCAUAAAGAUCGUUGUGGAGAACUGCAAAACAGAAGAUCUGAACGUUGUUGCAUACACCUCUAUGUACAGGAUGAUGGCUGUUAGCUCUGAGUUUUUCCUCGGUCACUUUUCAUAUUUUAUAUCCGGUCUGAAGAGCACGAAUACGCUCGUUCGUUAUAACUCGCUCGUAGCGAUGGCUGAUUUCAUACUGCUGUACAACUCCUAUGUUGAAAAGUACUCGUACUUGCUGUUUGAUAAACUCUUUGAUGAGAGCGAGAAUGUGGUAAAGCUUGCUCUUUUCAUAAUCUACCACUUGGUGAGCAGCAAAAUAUUAAAAAUUAAGGGAUACGGGGCUGUGCUAUGCAGGCUAUACAGAACUCAGCACGGAGAUAUCGUUAAGUCCCUACUUAUCAGCCUGUCUAGUGACGAGAACACGGUAGCUAGCAUUUUCUAUGAGGUAAUGAUGGGUGAGAAUGAGGGUGAUAUGGAGAUUAUACAGUUCAUCAAGGGUUUGGUCAAGGACAAGACGAAAGAAAAUUUGUUUUUAAAAAUUUUACAGAGGUUUAAAAAAGAGGAGAGGAUGGGAGAUGUGUUUUUGGGUCAAUUAUACGGUAACUUAUCGUUUGGUGUGAAAAGUGUAUGUGAUAUGAGAAUGAACGAGGUAUUUAAUAUGUGGGUGGCAGGAAAGAAUUAGAUUGUUCAAUGGGGAUUGGGAUGGACAUUGUUGAUGUAUUGUUUGGUAAGAGAUGAUCUGAUGUUGAUACAAAAAUAGCACUCUAUGUGUCCUUUUCUACCGUUGAUGGGUGUAUGGGGCGCAGCUAUUUCGAUUAUUAUUACACCAAAAAACUCAAGGCUAGCAAUAAUGCGGCUAUUGUUGGAAAUCAGGGUGGUCUGGUCACAUAGGAAAUAUCGGUUGGGUUGAAUAAACGGACAUUCAUGUAACUGGUGUUGCCUUGUAUGAGAUGGC